CAUAAUAAUUAAAAACAACUAUUUCUGGUAGUUGUACCCUACAGUUUGGGAAUUGACUAUGUGUAAUAUGCGUUUGAUAUGACUAAUAGUGUCAUUAAAAAUCACCCUGGUUAGAACUAUAUUAACCAGAGGACCUUAUCGUGGUAACGCGGAUAGCAACAUAUUUUGAUACCAGUGGCUUUCCAUAUAAUUGACUGAACGCCGCAGUGAGUACGUCUCUCCCGCGAGCGAUGCGCCGUAAAGAGCAAUUCAUGUGACCCUUACUUACAAAGGACAUAUCAUAAGAAGACAAAUAAUUUUUGAUGUGCUAUAAAAAUGUUCAUCAUGCGAUUUUGAAAUGGAUCCGUGCGUGCUGAGAGGGGAAAAUACCCUCGGUAGUGCACAGGGUGCCGUUUUUUGUUUUGUUUUGUCGGGACGUUGCGGUGAGCUCACUUGAAGCAUGCUAACUGCGCUAAACUGCUGCGCUGUGGGGUUGCAGUACUAUUGCUUUUGAACACGUCAGUUAGGAUUUUAGAAUAUGUUUACUUGGCACUGUGAGCCAACUGUGGUGUUAUCUACGACAUGUAUUUUUAACCAAUUGUAUGUUUUACUCUGCAUGAAGUAUAGCCUCUUGGAUGAUGUGAAUGCUUUGUAUCGGGAUAAUCUGUUUUCUUGCCUCUAUAAAGGCAUUUGGCUAGGGUUAGGCUAGGAAUUUAAAGCUAUUAUAUUAGUCCGUGCCAUAGUGUCAUCCUGUUCUAAUAGGAAAAACAUUUGAGGAAUUCAUUAAAUUUAGCUAGUCUAUGGCCACAGUGAUUAUUGUUGUUGAGGAAGACAACAUCGCUGCCAAGCACUGUCCUUCACAAGCUACUUUCGCAAAUGAGUCCUUCCACUCCGGGGUUUUGGCUUGAAACAACCGCAGGCGACUCCAACAUGCUAAGCUACAGAAGAAAAAUAGUGGUAUACGGCGAAUAUUCUCAGUGAGGACAAACUGCAUCUGGGUGUAGGGAGCUGCUACCGAAAUAUUACCACCCCCCCCCCUUAAAAACCGUACCCUCCUGCUUCAGAAUGGCCUCCUGUGAACGAGAAAACGCUGCGGAUGAAGAUCCCACCGCAUGUGUGAAACCUUUGGCUGAUGUGUGUGAGAACUCUGUCCAGGCGCAAAAAUCAAAAAGCCUUCCUACGCUCAACGCAAGACAAGUUUUGGAUACAGAUGGGCCUGAAAAUCCCCCACAAAAAGAUAAAACGUUCGUCCCAGCGGUGGAUGGCAACUCCCCCUCCAAAACGGAGGAGCCUCCUAACUCCUCCAGCGGGGACGCGGCCGGUGCGGCGGGGAGGAGGCGCCGUGUCGCAGCGUUUCUCCCCUCACAGCUGGCGCGCGUAUCCCUCAGGGCCUACCUGCGCAUGCUGUUUUCGGACUCGCGUUGCUUCUUGUUUUAUAUGUGUUACCUCACGUUCAUUCAGUCGCUCAUGGUGUCCGGCUACCUCAGCAGCGUCAUCACCACUAUAGAAAAGCGAUACAGCCUGCGUAGUUCAGAAUCUGGUCUGCUGGUCAGCUGUUUUGACAUAGGCAGUCUCCUCAUUGUCGUCUUCAUUAGCUACUUUGGUGGACGGGGCCGGAGGCCACGCUGGCUUGCCAUAGGGGGGAUGGUCAUUGCUGUGGGUGCUGCACUUUUUUCCCUCCCUCACUUCAUCUCUCCACCUUAUCAGCUGGAGCAGCUGAACAAUACAGGACGGGGGAAGGGGCUCUGCACCAUUACCAAUAUCAGUAGGAGGGAUGGACCGGAAGCUUGUCCACGGGACCAGGAAGACAGUGAGCAUGCUUUGUAUGUGACAUUGUUUAUUUGCGCUCAGAUUCUGAUUGGCAUGGGGUCCACGCCCAUCUACACACUUGGACCCACCUACCUGGAUGAUAAUGUGAAAAAGGAGAAUGCUUCGCUUUACUUGGCAAUCAUGUAUGUAAUGGGAGCUCUAGGUCCGGCUGCUGGCUACCUGCUGGGUGGAGUCCUGAUUGGGUUUUACGUGGACCCAAACACUGCUGUGAACAUUGACCAGAAUGACCCACGUUUUGUAGGAAACUGGUGGAGUGGGUUUCUUUUCUGUGCUGUGGCCAUGCUGCUAGUGAUAUUCCCCAUGUUUGCCUUUCCAAAGAAGCUUCCUCCUCGCCACAAGAAGAGCAGCAGGAAGAAAAAGCGUGUGGGGGACUUGCCAAGUGAUGAUGAGGUGAUGAAGGAGAAGAGCCAAGCCGUCUCUUCCUCCAUUGGCUUCGGAAAAGACAUCAAAGAUUUGCCCAAGGCAGCCCUGCGUAUCUUGAGCAAUGUGACAUUUUUAUUUGUGAGUUUGUCAUACACUGCAGAGUGUGCCAUCGUUACAGCCUUCAUCACUUUCAUCCCCAAGUUCAUUGAGUCUCAAUUUGGGGUUCCAGCAUCCAGUGCCAGCAUCUACACAGGUUUGGUAAUUGUUCCAAGUGCUGGUGUUGGGAUAGUGCUGGGAGGUUAUAUUAUUAAGAAGCUGAAAUUGGGAGCAAGAGAGUCAGCCAAACUGGCCAUGAUCUGUAGUGGAGUGUCUCUGCUCUGUUUCUCUACACUCUUCAUUGUUGGCUGUGAGAGCAUUAAUCUAGGAGGAAUCAACAUACCCUACACUACUGGGCCCACAUUGACUCUGUCCCAUCGGAACCUAACUGGGGGCUGUAAUGUUAACUGUGGUUGCCGGAUCCAUGAGUAUGCUCCUGUGUGUGGUUCUGAUGGAAUUACGUACUUUAACCCCUGUCUGGCUGGCUGCAGUGGUGUCUCCAAUGACAGCUCAGGAAUCAGGAAUUAUUCAGACUGUGCUUGUGUACAAAGCAGACAGGUGAUCACUCCAUCCGGAGGGAAUCACGAGUUACAAGUGGUCAUCGUGAAGACAUAUCUGAACGAGAAUGGCUAUGCUCUCGCCGGCAAGUGUGAGCGCACCUGUGGAACGCUCAUAACCUUCCUCAUCUUCCUCUUCAUUGUCACCCUCAUAACUGCCUGUGCACAGCCUUCUGCCAUCAUAGUCACCCUGAGGUCCGUGGAAGAGCAGGAAAGACCUUUUGCUUUGGGAAUGCAGUUUGUUCUUCUUAGAACUCUCGCCUAUAUCCCUACUCCGAUAUAUUUCGGCGCCGUGAUUGACACCACCUGUAUGCUCUGGCAACAGGACUGUGGUGUUCAUGGAUCCUGUUGGGAGUAUGAUGUGACGUCCCUUCGGUUUGUCUACUUUGGCUUGGCAGCCAGCCUCAAGUUUCUUGGCUUUUUUUUCAUCUUCCUCACAUGGUAUUCACUGAAACGCCGUGAUGAGCAGGCACACAUGCAUGCACACCCUGUAUCCCCACUGGACACAGUGAGUCAGUUGAUGUGCCAUGCAGGAUGGCAAAAAGGUCAUGCUCGCACUCGCUCAUGCCCUGUCUUCCUGCCCCGCCCCACUGAACAUUGCCAUGCUGCUGCAGUGGCAACUGGACAUGCCCUAAGCCGUGGCAACAGUUGCCCCGGCAAUGGCUUGAAAGCAAUAACCCUGCCCAUCAGGUCUCUGGAGAAAGUGGUGAGUUGAGAGAUUAGUACAGAUACACACACACACACACACACACACACACACACACACACACACACACCCCUAAAUGCAUAGACAGGGCAAACCUGAAGAUGAAGUGGAGUCUCCAGCUCCCACAUGUCCUCAGAGCCACUGCUGGUGCCUUUUAUUCUCCAGAAAUACACUAUAAUCAAAACAAUUUGUAAAGAAUUGGACUUAAUACCUCAAUGGAAUUGGUACCUCUCUCAUUCUUACACAUUUACAUUUACCUCCACAAGAUUUGCACCACCUCCUUUCAGUCACACACACAACACAGUAUGACCAGUACCUUCUCAUUAUACAUACAUAAACACAUUCAAAAUUGUUCUAAAGGGCCAGUACUAAACCUUUUGUCCAUCUUGUGCAUACACACACUCAUGUUCACCAUCCUAUUCUGGUUUCUUUU